UAGGCCGCUACUGAGGGGAGCCAUGGCCCAGGCUGAGCCCGAGGCGCUGUCGCUGCUGGCCCAGGUGGAGGCCUGGGGGCCUCAGGAGUGCCGGCGCCGGCUCCCCACUGCCCUGCCCCGGCUCCUCUCUGUUUAUCAGUUGGCUAACAAUUGGAGCCAGCGUAUUUGUGUUUUAAGGACCUUGAUGGAGAGAUUUCUACCACAAAUUAAUCUUACUGAUUUAGAGCAAACAUUUUCAUCUAUAAUAUUGCCAAAGACAGUAGAGUUCUUUGAUCUUUUGUUAUAUGAGAUAUCAAGCCAGGCUGAACCAUUAACAAGCCAGAAUGAAGAAUUACACAUGACAGUAAAGAACCAUAUACAGACCCUGGUACUAGUGCUGGAAGUAUUAACAGGGUGUGUGCGACACAUCUGUACUUUGCAAGAAGCUUUGCCAUUGGAUUAUGUUCACAGUCUUCCACUCUCUGUUCUUCAUAUAAUCAAGAAGACAUAUAUACACUGCAAGAAUAGUGAGUCGUUGUACAGUGAGUGUUUCUGCUUGUUUUCCGAUCUACUACAGUCUCUGUUUAAAGAGGCCUAUGCUUUGCAAAAGCAGAUUAUGGAACUGAUUGAGAUGGUAUCUGUGAACUCCUGUGCUACUGGAGAGAGUGUAGCAGUUAUGGUAUCAGUGAUUCACAUUCUGCUAGAGAUCUGCUCUACUGUUUCCAGUAUAGAUCGUGCUCUUCAUGCAAAUACAUGGAAAUUCAUCAUCAGGCAAAGUCUCAAACACAAGUCACUGAUCAAGAACAGCUUGAAACAUUCUGAUAUCUUAAACAGCCUUUGUGAGGAUAUCCUGUUUUCUUUCCAAUCUUGUAUGCAACUGGCUGAACAGAUGAAAUGGUCUGGAGCUGAGGAGAGCACUGAUUACAGGUUGUUCCAGAGGAUGAACAAACUAUGUAGAUUCUUUGCCAAUUCCCUGGUGCACUAUACCAAGGAGUUUACUCAUUUCCUGACAGAUUCCUGUUCUCAGCUUCAUCAGACAUACCUUCACAUAUAUAGCAAAUUUCCUCCAAGUCUCCAUGCUCCAGUGAUUUCCAAGGCUCAUCAGGAUGAAAUAGCAAGGGGAUUCCUAGUGACACUGGACUCACUUCUCAGUCUGCUGAUUUCCUUUAGACCUUUCAUUGAAGUGGUGUUAAGUAAAACUCCAGAACUCUCUCCUGAGCUGCACUUUCCACAAUGCCGAUUUCUGCUUUCUGUAAUGGACACAUUGCCAUCUCAGCCUCAGGAUGUGAAAGCCAUUUGGAACACAGAAAGUCAUUUCCCAGAAGAGAUUCCCAGAAAGCCCUUGCUUGCAGCCCUCUUCCGUAGUCUUCAGCAGUGCUCUGGUGAGCUUUCCCUUCCUGUCUUUUUUCGAGGAACAAUCGGAACAGGGCAAGAUGAAGAUCAUAUCACCUUUUACCACUAUGUCUGCAUCCACCUCUGUACCUUUAUCACAACACUCUCUGUAUCACAUUUUCAUCUACUGGAAUGCUCCUUGUUGGAGACCAUACUUGGUUCUAAUAUGAUCACUGCUCUCUUGGCAAUGGAUGCUUGGUGUUUCCUUGCUCGGUAUGAAACAGCCGAUCUGUGUGCUCACCAUACAUUUAUAGUAGCAUACUUGAUAAAAGCUUGCCCUGCUGAGAAUUACCAAGUCACUCUGCUGGGGGUCCUGUUACGACGUUUGCUCUUUUUGAUGGAUGCUGAUAACCAGGUGAAGUUUGCUGAUAGAUUUCCUCCUAAAGAUACAGAGAACCUGCUGUUAUGGCAGCAUCUUUCUCUCCAGGCCUUUAUGCCUCUGCACAGGCAACAGGUUGCCCAGGAAAUUUUUGAAGUAGGAUUCACACAAUGUCAGAAAUGGCUGAGCACUGAAAGAUCUUUAGAGGAGCUUCCACAAGUGAACAUUGCUUUCUCUGCCUUGCUAUCUGUUUGCCAGACUGCUGGAGAGACGCUGGAGAUGGAACAGCGUACAUCCAUUGUAGGAAUUCUUGGCCAGUUCUUAGCAGUUCUACAUGCCACUCAGGUGUCCAGUCUGCCGCAUCUACAGCAGACCUUUUGCUUGAUGUUUCGACUUCUGCAGCUAUUCAUCCAGAUGUUAGAGCCCCAGAUGCUAAUUCAGAUAUUUACACUGCAAACAUCCCUCAUCGAGCUGAAUCCACCCGAUCAUGUUCUCAUCGCAGUAUUAGAUUUUCUCUCUUCAGUGGGAAAAACCUUUAUUCUAUCAGACUUUCAGGCACAGGUCCUGCCUGAGUUAUGUUGUGUGUUUGCUGCGUUGCUGGCUUACAAUAAUUGGAUUAUUCAACAGCAUGCCAUAGAGGUGUUCACUCAGUUUGCAGAGGAAACAAGCCAUGAGGAUAUUCUUCCCCAGUGCCUUAACUCUGAAGAAAUCAAAAGUAAAGUUAUUGACUUCCUCUCAAAGACCCAUCAUAUAGAGGAGUCAGCAGAAGCAAGAGCAGAACGAAUGAAAGAGGAAAAUAUUCUUCUUAGCUCCCACUUAAUGGAAGCCAUAGCAGAGACCAAGAGGUCCUUGAUUUUAGAGCCAUCCGCCAAAAGAACUUGCUACUCACCUAGCGAGGUGCAGUACAGAUCAGCCAUUGAAACUGCUGAAAGAACACUGGAGGUGGUAAAGCUUCUGCUACAAAAGGGUCCACCCCCAAUUUGGCUUGCAAAGAAAUUAGAAGCAUUACAGAUGACAAUCAGUAACCUAAAGAAGAGCAUAUGUUGAUAAAUUUAAUCCUUCAUCUCAGGGUGAUUACAGUAUUGUAUUGCCUAAUACAGGUCUACACAAGAUAAUUACACAGCUGGAAGCCCAAAAUACAAGGUGCAUCCCACUAUGGAUGGUUCCAGGUAUUAAUGUUGGACACUCUGUUUAUUUAUACAGGUUGCAGGUGUAGAAUGGGAAAAUCCCAAUAGGAGGCCAAGGCCCGAUACAUACCUUGUUCAUGGUCCGGAGCAGCAGCGGCCUUUUUUCCUCCACAGGGAAGCCGCAGCCGCCAAACCUCACAGGUUCUUUUAAAGCCGCAGGGGAGGCAUAACAAGUGCCCUACUGGCGCAUUGGUUAAAUAAGUGCUGCGCGGCACUUAUGUAACUGGCAGCACCCGUGUAUACAGGGUGCCACCAUUGUUAUGGCGCUGCGCUGUACUAGGGUUAGGGACUGUGCAGUUGCUGCGUGGUCCUUUAACCCUAGUAUGGUGCCAGCACGGUGCAUUAGCACUGUCUGUACCGCACCCAAGUUAACUAAUUGGUCAUGGAUAAAACACAUGCCAGUUUUAGAUGCCAUUCACUUUCACUGUUGUCCCCAAAAUCCUUUACUGUUGGUAGGAAGGAUGCAUUACAGACACGAUCUACUGUUGCUCUAAGGGCCUUCCAUCUAGAAAUGAAAGUGUCCAACCUAACAAUGAAGAAUUGCUGCUACAUUGUGAUUUUACUCUCCUAGCUUAAGCACACAGCUGCUCACUGCAUACAGAUAACCUUGUGAAAAACAUUUGUCCUAGAAUUAUGUGUGGAAGCAAUUGGAAUGUUUUUCCCCCAUAAAACAAAUUACAGAAAUUUUUCUUGUUGAAAAAUAAAACCACACAUUUGCAAUAUCUGCUUCUCUCUAAGGACUCUUUAUCAGCCAACAAGGCAGGAGAUCCCAGUGGCAGUUAAGGUCUAAAGAUUGCAGAGUAGAAAUGCAAGUUUUUGUCGUGGCUGUGAAGAUAUUGUAUUCUUGCAUCCAUGAGGCUGUAGAAAGAGCUCUCUAUCGCCAAGAUAACUCAAGGUUUCAAUUGUCACUAGUUGGCAUUAGUCCCCAGUUCAGUGGCUCCUGUUCUUCCCAGCCAACAGUGUUCACAUAAAAUAAGGCUAAAUUUCGACAACUGGAUUAAUGCUAAAUUGGCUGCACAGCUAAACUGCUGAAAGCUUUUUCUUGGUAGUAGAAGAUUGCAGGCAAGCUUUUUGCACUUUGUCCACCUCUUCUUCCACAACAGCCAUGGGAGCAGUUCUUUCUAGGUAGCCUUUACUUUCAGCAGUGAUUCCUCUUGUUCGGAGUAGUGCCACACGUGUUCUAAGUAACACCUUAGAAAUAACCAUAUUAGUUGUAUUGCUUUCCAGCUCUGUAUAGGAGGUAUGGGAGAUGUCACCUGUAGCCCUAUGAAUACUCAAGUUCUGUAGUGGCAAAAGAACAGCUUGCUUUUAACAAGCAACCACUCAAGAACAGCCCCACAUUGUUAGUGGUUUAAUUAUUGGGAAACAUUCUGAACAAUUCUAUAUUGUAUACUGUAGACUUGGAUAUUGUAUUUACACAGUGUCCAGGUCUGCUGUGGAUUCAUUUUAUGAAUGAUCACACUAGCUGCCAAAUUUAACAGUCCUUCAUCUGACACUUCCUCACUAAUGAAGGGGUCUUCUGCUGUAUGUCUAGCUCUUAUGUCCCCUAAAGAAGAGACUGGCUGUGAGGAACAGAACUCACUGGCUAGUUCAGGCAAGGAGUGCAAGCAUCCUCCUCAUGGCAAGCAGUGAGGAUGCAUCUUUGGUACCAAGGAAAAAUCCAAAGCUACCCAUGGAGUGGAGCUCCUAGGCUACCUUUUCAUAAGGAGAGUGAUAACAUGCCAGAUACUGUGUCUCCAUCUGAGAUGGCAGCAGUACAAGAGCGUUUGGGGAGUGGGCCAGCACAGAGGCAGGUUGAAGACAUCAGAUCAAUUGGAUCUGUUCCAGCCAUUUUUGCUCAGCAGUUAGCUUCUGUAAAUAAGUUGAGCUCAAAACAGACCGUGGAUGCUAGAGGCAAUAUCCAUCACUUCUUGUGGAAGAUGCCCUUGCCAGUUUAGAGACUGGUCUUAAGGGAUCUAAAUUAUUCUUCAGAGUGUCUUUACCUGGUUUGUUUUCCUGGCUUCUGACUGACUUCUUGGCCUUAACAACCAAUGCUGACAGCAGCGUAUCACUCCACAAUAUUAGUUUGCAACACCAGAGGAAAAACACUUCCCUUCAGCUGAAAUUAUACCCAAUUGGUUUUGAAGAAACUCUGAAGCCCUCCCCUGCAUUUAAGGAUACAAAGACACUGCAAAAUAGUAAGUAGAACCAAACAUAUAACAAGCAGCAUAAACCAGGCCUCUUUUUCUUCUCUCAUUCCUCAAAUAGUCAGUAAUGAAACCCCUAAUCACCUACUGUCCAGCAAAAAUGAUAAUGAAUGCUGGUCAGAUAUUUGGAAUUGAAUUGUCCAACCUAACAGUAAAAAUCUUUCACCAAAAUUCUCCUUCCAUCCGAGCUCCUAGUUUUAGAUGCUACCUGACAAAAUAGGGGCAUGCCAUUUUGCACAGAGCAGCACAUGAUCAACACAGAGUAAGCCGACAUUGCAGCUUUCCAGAUCCCUGGAGUUGAUCCCUCAUAAACAUUUUGAGGAACAGUAACAACAUCUCAAAAACAUCCAACCAACCCACCCAACACAUUGUUUUUAGUUGGUUUUUUUAAAUCUACUGGAAAUAUUUUUAAAUCUUAAUUUGCAGUUUUUGAAAGCCACAUUGAGUCCCAUUUUGUGAUGGCAUAUAAAUGAAGUAAAUCAAAACUAUAUUAUAAAGACAUCUUAUUUUGGUACAAGAUGAAGCAGCUUUAAUUCCUAACAGUAAACCCUUUUUAGUAUCUGAUUCCUACCUCAAAAUUAAGAAAAUAUGCUAUUUGGGGCAGGCAGACAGUGACCCUCCAGAUGAUGCUACCAUAAGUCCCAAUAAGCAUAGCUAAUGGUCAGGAUGACAAGAAUUGUAGUCCAACAAUUUCUGGAAGUCCAUACGUUUUUCACUCCUAAGCUAGGCUCUUCAAGCAUUCUUUGUGACAAUGCAGACACACAAAAUGAAAUGCCCCCUAGGAUCUCCUCUAUUCUUCACUCCACAGCACUUCUCUCCUGGGUUUCCCAAAAUGUGCAAAUGUAAUUCCUUUAGCUCCUUAUUGUUGAAAAGAGUAGUUUCUAGGCUGAAGCUAUAAUGUAUAUACAAGUUGACUGAGGAGGGGGUCCAGUGAAGUUGGAAAGAGAUGUAAAGUAGGAGAGAGAUGGCUGGAGAGACACAAGAAUCUAUGAAAUGGCAAGAAGCAUAGUUUCAUACCAAGCACUAUGUUUGGAUUCCUGCCAUUUCAUAGAUCUGUCUCUCUACAGUACUAUACAACUUGUAUUCCAAAAUUCUCCCCCCCCCCCCCCAAAAAAAUCCAACUCUGAAACACUUCUGGUCCUAAACCUGUAGUUGAAUCUCUAUAACCUCAUUUUCAUUUUUUUAAAAUACCUUCUGCUAAACUAUACUCCAUAGAAUCUAUACACUUCUCAGAGUUCUUACAAGUCGCUGUGGCACACACUCUUAUGGAUGACAGCACCCUGGGCCUUCUUCCCCCACUGCUGUCCCCAAAAUAAAACAGACCCUUUUAAAAAUCUCUGUUAAAAAGGGCUUUGCAAUGGUAAUGUGGAUCUAAUUCAAGAUGUAGACAAGCUUUUUCCAAAACAAGAUCAAAACUUUAUUGUACAGAUGUUUCUAAUAAAAGUUACUUGAAUUAAUAUAAAUAAAUAAAUGUUGUUAUUUCA